ACUCAGUAUAAACUAUAAAGUAUAGGGCAUAGAUUAUAGGGUGCCUCCAACUUUUUAGAAAAUAAUAAAGGGUCCCGUGAGUCAAAAAAGGUUGGGAACCUCUGACCUACUCAGUCGCAUCGCAAAAAUUCAAAUCGCGCCACGUCAGUCGCGUCAGUCGCGUGUCUACAGACGCGUCCUAAAGAAUCGCACCUUCACAUUUAUCGCAGUGAUCAAGGUAAAAUUUGGAGCUCGAGAGGAAAACAUGUACGUAUGUGUUAUCAAAAAAGUACCUAGUUCUAUAUGAAAAUAAUCCAACGAGGAGCAUACUGAUCGCAGUUAAAAAUGAAAAAAACUAAAUUAAUUCAUCAACUUAAGUUGACUACGUCAAUGUUUUUAAUUGCGUAUGUCGAUAUAUUUAUUGGAUGCGUGGUUAUAUUCUCAGCAGUAAUUUUGGGACAACUCAAUGAGCCUACAUCUUCGCUAAAAGUAAACAAAGAAGAGGCAUCUUGGAUAGCUAGUAUUAUAACACUAAUUUGUCUAGUGAGCUAUUUGUUUAUUGGACCAUUGAUGGAUAUAAUCGGAAGAAAAAAGGCACUUUGUUUUACUUAUAUACCAAUAAUGUUGAGUUGGUUAAUAUUUGUAUAUGCUGACUCCUAUUAUACCAUUCUCAUAGGAAGAGUUCUGCAGGGAUUUGUAAUUAGUGCAACACCUUGUACGUACGUGUACGCCGCAGAAAUAUGUCGGGCCGAACAGCGGCAAUUGUUCACCUCGAUCAUUAACCUGUCCGUGGGUGUUGGCAUGACGUUCCAAUGCGUGUUGGCCAUGUUCUUCCAUUGGCACACGAUUUCCGUAAUCAUGUUGGCGAUGAGCGGUGUCGGGUGCGCGUCCCUGUUCUUGUUACAGGAAUCGCCGGUGUGGCUGAGGGCCCGGGGCCGAGUCCUGCAGGCGGAAACAGUGGAACGGUGGUACGGAUUGGAGCCGCCCGCGGCCGCGGCCACCGUGGAGUCGGUCGACCGCAGCCGCGGUGACGUGGACGGACCGAUGAGCGCGGCCAGCUAUUGGUCGGUGUACGCGCACCGGACCGUGUGGAAGCCGACGCUGAUCUUGUUGACGUUAUUCGCCUGCAUGAUUCUGUCCGGUCUGCACGUAUUGAUCACGUACUCGGUGUACGUGUUGCACGGCUUCAACGUGCAGUGGGACAGCAUCCGGGUCACCGCGCUGCUGUGUGUCGCCCGCGUACUGGGAAGUCUUUUCUACUCCGCUUUGCACGGCGUCAAGCGGAGAACGCUGUUCGUCGUCUCGAGCGCCGGCAUGACCGUGUCGAUGGUCGUCAUUCUACUGGUGCCGAAAAUAUAUGGCAGCACGCUGACUAACUCCGUUCUGGUCGCGGCGUUCUUCGCGUACGUGUUCUCGUCCAUGUUCGGAGUUCUGCCGUUACCUUGGAUAUUGUGCGGCGAACUAUUCCCGCGGACCGUGGCAGGCACUAUGAGCAGUUUCGUACACAUAUGUAAUUGCAUCAUGAUGUUUACAAUAAUCAAAAUAUAUCCAAUAUUAGAGUUAAACUUUGGAAUAUAUGUUAUCUGGUCUAUGUUUACUAUAUUUUGUAUAAUAAGUAUGUUACUGGGCAUAUUUAUUUUACCAGAAACUCAAGGAAAAUCUCUUGACGAAAUUGGAAUGACAUUUGAAAAACGUAAAAAAAUCGCCAACAACAAUUGAUGCCACGAUUUUAAGAUUUAAAUCGAAAAAUGUAAUUUCCAUUAAAUUUGUUUUUUGAAUGUUUUAAAAAA